GUUUAGCCGGUUAUCUUUUGAAUUAUUUCCUAUAAUGUCAAUAUUUUUCGUUAAUUAAAGUCUAGAAAACGAAAAAGUUAACCAUUAUGUACUGUCGGAUUUUCCUUUAGUUAUUGUAAUAGAUGUUUCUAUUAUAAAGAGUUUGGUUAAUUUUUUUCUUUCCAUUUUUUGUCUUAACUAAAUCAAAACUGAUGCUUUUGAGACAAAUAUUUAGGAAAUUACAGGGUCCAUUAAAAGGGCACUGUUCAUUUUCUCCUAAAGUUAGAUUGGUUCCACAGAUACUAUUAGUUUAUUGUGCAUCUGAUGUUGCCAAGAAUUCAGAGGUAUCACCUCAAUCGUUGACUCAUGAAUUUUUAUUAAAGCAGUCAUCGGGUGUUGCUGUUUCUGCUGUCGCACAGUUAUUACAUUGUACAGUUGCAGCUUAUAUUGAUGUAGCUAAUAGUUAUAAGAAAAUAUUGAAUAAGCAAAUUGAUUUAAUUGAAGAAUUCCUUAGUAGGAUAGGAGAUUCUUUAGCUGAGGAACAGUUAUCUGAUUCAAUUAUAGAAUGCCGAAAUUUAAUGAAGGAAGAAAAAGAGAAGUUUACAAAUUUAGAAUCCCUCUUUGUUUACAUUGAAGAUUUGGUUAAUUCUACCACUCAGGCAUCUUUUUUAGCCGGAGCUGAUUACUAUUCUUUAUCUUUGUGUGAACAGCUAAGUGCGGCAAAACGAGAAAUUCAAAUAAUAAAAAAAUCUGUUGAAUCAAUUGAACAGAAUUACUUAUCAACAGAGCUACAGGCAAUUGAAAAGGAGAGGAAGAAAAAAGAUAAAGGAGACCAAGAGUCGGCAUGAGUUAUACUGCCACGGAACAACAAGCAGAAGAAUAACCCUAUUUAGCUGAUAAUAUUUUUAUAUAUAUUAUUAAAUUAUGUAAAAAUAUACGAUCCAUGUGUAACUAG